AAAAAAAAAAAAAAAAGAGCCCCUCAACAGCCCACGAGCACACCAGCGACCGAAAAAGGACAAAGCUCGCUGCACGAUGAUGCAAAAGCGCGCCCCAGGAACCCUUCGCCACGCAAGGACAAAAUACCACCUACUACUCACUUACCUUAAUGGGGGGCAGCACCAUCCCAACGGCGUCCAACAAUCAUGCAGGACGGUGGCUGCAUUCGGGACGCGGAUGUUCCAGUUCCCAGUCUUAGUUCUCAAUCAGCUGGAGUUAAUAAAUCAUCAUGCCUUCCACCCCCUCCCCCUUGUGCACGCACGAGUUUCCGUACUGGGAAGGUCGUUAAGACUUAAGUGGCUCACUAACGUGCAGCAUUCAGGUACUAGAAGCAGUCUCGAAGAUACCUAUGUAGCCACUAGCAGUAGCCAAUUUGUAUUGGAGGGUAUGUGGCUAUGUGUGCUGCUGCUGUUACUGCAGGUGUCCCAUCCGAGGUCAACGCCCGCCCACCCCAUAUGCAGGCUGACGAGGGCCGGAGAAAUUUCUACCCUACGGAUUUUUUUUAGGAGACUUCCCCACUGGUUUUUCAGGGAUUUAAAUGGGCCGAUAUUAUUUUCAGUGAUGAUUAAUCGUCGGAAUUUAAUCUAUAUAGAUUGUGCCUUAUGAAUCAGGUUGAAAUUGCCUGAGUGAGGAUUUCCACAAGUACGUACCUCGGCCAGCAGUCAACUUCGUCGAUGUGCGUUGUUCAGGCAUCUAGACUACGUACUAUGGAGUCGUGGAAACCAUCGAACAACAGUGGUAAACCCACAUUCCACACAUCUUCAGCGCAUCUCCACCAGUGGAGUAGUAGUAUUCCCCCCAAUGGACCACGGUGGUCAGUGCCUGAGAAGUGUGGCCACUGGCCAGGUCAUUGGGACGGGUCCAGACAGGGGUAUUUGGUCCUUGGUCACCAUCAGCAAGUGGAGACAAACCCCCAAUCACAUUCAUCAAGAGUUAGGCUGACUGGCAAUGAAAGUGGCCGAACAAUUGCAAAGUUCCAACUACUGUCCCAGAAAGUUCUGGGUGGCAGCAGCACGACCAGGUGUCAGGUGUUAAGACCUCUAAUCUAACUGAGUCCUGGGUCUAGUCCCAGUACACCGUCUCCACUGUGGAGCAGCACG